AGGGCCUCGCGCCGUCUUGGCGAAAAGAGAGCGCAUCGUGCGCGGUCGGUGGGCGGGCAGGCAGGCAGCCACCAUGAGCGGAGGCCUGGGAGGGAUGACGGCGGAGCAGCUCUUGCAGCAGAGGCUUCUCCGGAGCCGCCUGCGAGGCGCGCAGCACCCGGGCCUGGGCAUCGGAGGCCCGAUCCCGCCGUCGCUGCUGCAGCCCGGCCCGCCAUGCCUGCUCUCUCCUCCGGAGCCACCCGACUCUCCGCCGCCCGGCACGACGCCCGCCGAGAUCCCCGCCGGCCCGCGUUACCCGAGCGAGACCUGGUGCUCCUUGUGCCGCGUCUACUGCCCGGAUCCGGUGUGCCUUCCCUGCGGGCACAACUUCUGCACCGCCUGCAUCGGGCAGCGCCUGGGCGAGCCCAAGAUCAAUAUCUCCUGCCUGGAGUGCGGCGCCAGCGCCCGCAAGAGGAACCUCCGGCCCAUCAAGCCGCCGUCGCUGCUGGCCAACCUGGUGCUGGAGAGGCCCAAGCGGCAGAGGCUCGAUUCCUUCACCGGACCGGCGGCGGCUGCGGCGGCGGCUGCGGCGGCAACAGCCACAGCCACACUAGUCCCCCCGGCGAGCCCAGCAGUAACACCAGUGGCGCCGCCGGCGCCGGUGGUGACCACCCCGACAAUCGUCCCUCCGGCGCCCGUGGUUUCAACGCCCGCCACCCCGCCGCCUCCGUCCCCAACGCCGCCACCGGCCACCCCUCCGCUGCUUCCCGCGCCGUCCCCGGCCGCCCCGUCCACGCCGCCCUCGGCCCCCUUGCCCGUCGCCUCCCCUACCGGGAGAAGGGCGCCCGUGGCCCUCGGAGGGGCUGGAGACGGGAACGGGGAGAGGCUGUGCGAGAUCCACCAGGACGUGCUGCAGUUCUUCUGCGAGGAGGACCAGACGCCCAUCUGCGCACACUGCGACCGAUCCCAGGAGCACCGCGCUCACACCAUCUUCCACGUCGAGAGGGCGGCCCGGGAUUACAGGCCGUUUUUAUUUAUUCAGGCGCGAGUUAAGGCACAAUUAGAAACUCUGAAGCAGGAAAAAAAUAAUCUGUGGAGCCAGAAGCUGUCAGGCGAGAAGAAAAUCCAAGAAUACACGGAAAAGGUUGAGACCGAAAGGAAGGACAUCGUCACUGAAUUUGAACAGCUGCAUCAGUUCCUGAAACAACAGGAGGAACGCCUGCUGACCCAGCUGGAAGAGCUAGAUAAAGACCUAGAGAAGCAGAAAGACGACAUGAUGACCAAAAUCUCAGAAGAACUUACCCGUCUUGGUGAUGUCAUCACUGAGAUGGAGAUGAAAAGCAAGCAACCGGCGAGUGAAUUUUUGCAGCAAACAUCCGAUGUUCCACCUCAGGGAUCACAGGACAUUAAAAAAAACAUGGACAGAUGCACCGUAGAACAGUUCCCGUCAGCUGAAGAAGCGACAUCCGAGCUGGGAGAGCGACUGGAGUUGCUGUCACGGAAAGGGGUGGCUCUGAAGGAAACUAUGAAUAGAUUUCAAGAUAAUGUGACAUAUGCCAUCGAGAGAACAGACACUGUGAAAUCACUGAAUGAUAAAAGAAUGUCAACUCUGGACCUGGAUUUCUCAAGUGCUCUUCUGCCCCUGGACCAAAGAAAUGCCGGAGAUGGAGAAUCUCGGCACAGGCUGCCUGCCUUACAUUAUGUUCCUGACACUCCCCAGAGAAUGGAUUCCAGAGCUCUGGUUCUGGGCUGUGAUGGGUUCACCUCUGGGAGAUACUUUUGGGAAUUGGAAGUGGGCGAUGGGGAAUUCUGGGCAGUGGGGGUCACCCGAGAUCCUUCCAAGAAGAAGGGGAUGAUGGACUUCAGCCCAGAGGAGGGGAUCUGGGCUGUGGGGCUGUGGAAGGGCCAACACUGGGCCCUCACUUCCCCUGUUACGGCCUUGUCCCUGAGCCAACACCCCAAAAGAAUCCGAGUGUCCUUGGACUAUGUGGGGGAAUGUGUGACCUUUACUGAUGCAGACACUGAGGACCCCAUCUUCACAUUCCCACCAGCUUCUUUUAAUGGGGCGCGUACCCAUCCUUUGCUGUGGGUAGUAGGUUUCCCAGCCCAGUCUGUGUUUCUGAGGCAAUGUGACACGGAAGCAGAACAACUCUCCUUGCACACCAAGGCCUUAAGACUGUUGCCCUGGGGAACAAAGGAAGAAUUGAAAAGACCAAGUAAGAAACCAGAAGCUUCAGGGAUGACCUUGCAACAUCAGCUGGCUUCUGGCACAGAAAACCCUGCCCUGGGUUUUGUGUCUAGCAUUCGUGCUCUCUAUGCUGCAGUGAAAGCAGGAAGAGAAGAAGAAGAAGGAGAAGGUGGAGCCAUGGCUGCCGUCCUUCUCCCGGGAAACCUGCAAGAUGAAGCCACUUGCUCAGUUUGCCUGGAAUAUUUCAAAGACCCCGUGUCCAUCCAAUGUGGGCACAAUUUCUGCCGGGCUUGUAUCACCAAGAGCUGGAAGAGCCUGGAGGUGGACUUCCCUUGCCCUCAGUGCAGGGAAGUGUUCAAGGAGAAAAGCUUCAGGCCCAACCGACAGCUGGCCAACAUGUCUGAGAUCAUCAGCCAGUUCAUCCUGCAUGGUGGGAGAGGCCUUGAGGACGACAGGAUCUGCGAGAAGCACAAGGAGGCCCUGAAGCUUUACUGCAAAGACGACCAGAAGACCAUUUGCGUGGUGUGUGACCGGUCCCGGGACCACCGACCUCAUGCGGUGGUGCCUGUAGAAGAGGCAGCCCAGGAAUACAAGGAACAAAUACAGACUCGCUUGGAUUUCUUGAAGAAAGAGAGACAGGAACUCCUGGAAUUCAAAACUCAGGAUGACAAGAAGAGCCAAGAAUUGCUGAAAACCAUAGAAACCGAGAGACAGAAAGUUCUCUCUGAAUUUGAAGGGCUACGCCAGUUUCUCCAUGAUCAAGAACAGGUUCUCCUUGGACAGCUGGACAAGAUGGAGAAGGGCAUUGUGAAAAGACAGAAUGAAAACAUCACAGAGCUGUCCAAGGAAAUUUCCCUCCUCAACAAAUUCAUUGCUGAUCUGGAGGACAAAAACCAAGAACCAUUGCUUGAUUUCCUCAAGGAUGUGACAGCUAUUAUUGCCAGAAGUGACAAAGUUAAAUGUCAGAAGCCUAUUCCAGUUUCCUCUGACAUGAAGGGCCAUGUCUCCAACUUCUCUGUGAAGACGGUGUCACUCAAGGAAGUACUUAAGAAGUUCAAAGAUCAUCUCCGGGAUGAACUGGGGAAAGGUGAGAAAGAGGACUUGCUUCUGGAUCUGGAGACAGCCAACCACCUCCUCCUCAUCUCGCCGGAUCUCAAGACGGUGCGGAUGGGUUGCCGCAAGCAAGACCUCUCUGACAGCCCCAAACGCUUUGACACCAACUCUCGAGUCCUGGCAAAGGAAGGGUUCAAGUCUGGGCGGCAUUACUGGGAGGUGGAGGUGGGAUCCGCCGACGGCUGGGCCUUUGGAGUGGCCAAGGAAUCGGUGCGAAGGAAAGGGCUGACUCAAUUUUGCCCCGAAGAGGGCAUUUGGGCCCUACAGCAAAAUGGAGGGCAAUAUUGGGCAGUCACCACUCCUCAACGCACCCCGCUUUUUCUGAAUGAGAAGCUGAUUAAAAUUAGAGUCUACUUAGACUACGAAGGAGAGGAAGUGUCCUUCUACAAUGCUGACACCAUGCAACACAUCUUUACCUUUAACAUCGCCUUCACAGAGAAGAUGUUUCCGCUCUUCUCAGUGUGCUCCACUAUAACCUAUAUUAAACUUUGCUCCUGAGAUGAAAAGGAUGCCUCGAUAGAAACAGGAAGAAGCCCUGGUGAUGCAAGUGCUACUUGUUUUGAUAUGGGGCUGACCUCCAAGGGAGACACCAGGGUUGUGGGGAAAAUACGUGAGAAACCUGGCCACCUUCAGAUGCCAGUGGGGUUGAAAACUAAAUCUUGGACAAAGUUGCAGAAGAUGCCACCAAUUUAUCUACGCCAUGCAGGAGUCCUGUUAAUAGCCUUGGUGUUUGAGCUUCUGUUUCUAACCCAAACCUAUCACACAGUUAGGUAGGAUUGCAUCUCACCUACCUUGAAUGUUGAGAAGAAGUGUAACGUUUCCCCUUCCUUUGGAAUAGCUGUAGGGAAUAUGACAAAGAGACGGUAAAUUGUGUCAAAAUUGCAUACAGGACUGUCCCCACCCUCUAGCUGCUAUGUCUUUCCUCCAAAAGAGUUACAAAGGGGACGUUUCGCAACAGGGAAGUGAUGGAUGGAAGGCUUUCCCUUGUCCAGUUCUUUCUCUCCAGCAGGGUCUCUGAUUUGAUGUUAAUACAAACACCAAUACUAACAGAAUAUUUGUAGCUCCAGGUUGAACCGUGGUGUCCUUAGUGCUCUCUGAAUGGGGAUGUUUUCUUGCAGGCAUUUCAUUAUCCAACUAGGUAACAUCAUCAGUGCUAGAAGGGAGUGGGCUUUACUCUCUGUUUUAUAUACAAGGAUUGGCGGGAAUGUUCUUGGUAGUUCCUUGAUUAGGCUAUUCUUUACUGCUCGAUUGUUUGUCUCAUUUGGUAACGCCUCGAUUGGGGUAUUGUUUACAGCUUGUACUUUGCUUGUAAACAAUCAAGGGUAGAGAAACGUCUGCAAGAAAACGACCAAGCUCAGGAAGCAUCAAAACCCCCACAUAAACAUGGUUCUUGAACCUUGGUAUAGGAAAGGCAACUGGUCAAGAGUUGCAGGAAAGGGUAAAAUAAUCUGUGUUCUCUCUUUCUCCCUCCCUCCCUCUCUCUUUGGCUUCUUCUCAAGGUAUCUUAGUGGAGGAAAGAGAAUGCUUGGGGUAUCAAAAUAUAAGAUGCCCACAUACUGUGCAGUUCCCAGGGGCAGUUGAAGAAAGAUUUCAUCCUACAGAAUCACACACAAUUAGAGCUAACGUUUCUAUUUACUAUUAAAAAAAUAAUUACUUUUCUUAAGUUUAUUUUUUUCAGCUUUAGUUCUUGGACUUUGGGGUUUCUCAAUGCAAACGAUGUGUGGCUGGCUCUUGAAUUCAGGGGAGAUUCUCUUUGAUGUGGCCUUGUGGGCUUUUUGCACUUACUGUACCUUGCAGUACAGAAUUGAUUGCUCGUGUGAAGAGGCUUUUGCAAAUAAAUCCUGAAGAUGCGGAUGGAUGCCUGAAGACGCCUGCCCUUGGGCCUUGUAUAUGUGCACCCAGAGAACAGCAAGCCCUUCUCUUUGU